AUGGACUCUAAACACAAAAAAUCAGCUGCCGGAAAAGCCUCCGGCCGCCGCCAAUUCCGCAUCGCCUCGUUGCCUUGCUCGUCGUCAAAUCGUCUACUAUCAGGCAUCAUCGCCGCCUUCUACCUCAUUGGCACGGUCCUACAUUCUCCGGUCACAGCCGGGGCACCUUUCAUCACCAUUAUCCGCCCGAACUUCACAGCUUCUUAUCACGAGUUCAUCGACACCUCCGGCGCAUUCUUGGCGUCGGAGGACGGUUCUUUCGAGGCCCGGAUAACAAACCCGAAUGACACGGAAACCUUCUACUUGGUCGUAGCUCACGUCUCCUCGAACACGAUUGUUUGGACUGCCAACCGAAAUUCUGCCAUCUCGGGAGCUUCCGAGCUUCGUCUCACGACGGAUGGCUUCUCUUUACACGACACCGCAGGGUAUACUGUCUGGUCUGCGUCGAACCUUUCGUCUGUAGUUUCCGCUCUCCGUCUCCUCACGACUGGAAACUUGGUGUUGCUCGACGCAGCCAAAAACUCCCUGUGGGAGAGUUUCGAUUAUCCGACUGAUGUGCUCCUUGCCGGGCAGAAUCUGCGACGAGGGAGAUUUUUGGUGUCUUCUGUAAGCAGCGAAGAUCUUUCGGAAGGCAUCUACAGAUUAACAGUCGGAGAUGACGAUGCAACGCUGACAUGGAAAGGGUUGAAUUACUGGGUGUUGUCGACGGAUACAAAUGCUUUCAGGCUGACAAACUUUCGAGUCGAGUACCUGGCGAUGAACUCAUCCGGGGUUUACUUGAUGGGAAGCACCGUCGAACAGACGGUGAUAGAACUUCACUUCAAUGUUCCAGCCACUUUUUCCGGCAUCCAGAUAGUCAAAUUGGAAGCUACAGGGGCUCUCACCAUUGUAAGCAGAAAUAGCACGGCGACGGCGCAACUGUUCUCCGCCCCGACAGAUCCAUGCCGGCUUCCAAUGAUAUGCGGGAGAGCCGGUAUUUGUACCAGUGACACCAAGGGAGGUUCCUGUGUUUGUGAUACAGAAUUCACCCCUGAUCAGGAGACGGCGAGCGGCGCAGGCUGUGUGCCGAAGGAUGCUUCUUUGGCUCUGCCGAGUCCCUGCAAUGGUUCAUCAGGCGAUGCAAACGUUGAGUAUCUGAACAUGACAAAUGUUUCACUCAAUGGCAAUGUCAGGACCUCUGUUCGAGAGAUUGUUCUUGUCUUGGCGUAUUCUACAGAGAGAAUCAUGGCCAUUGCUUCACCAUAA